AUUUUUUGUUAAUCAGCUAUACCCCAAUACAAAAUGAAAAGUUUUUGAAAAUUUAAAAAACUUCAGAGGAGACAAAAAAAUAACAAGGGCUACGUAAGCUUGAGGUUCAUUAAGUGCUUUGACUUUUUUUCUAAUUUAUGCCUCACCACUGCCCCUCGAGCUCACCAGACAGGCAUGGCUUUCCUCCUUUCAGAUGAGGAAAGUGAACCUCCCAGAGGGAAAGCGACUGGCUCAAGCCACAGGCCAGUAGAUGCCAGGGCUGGGGCUCCAGAGUAGAACCAGAGUGUUCCAUGCACCUAGGUGAUCUUUUCACUCAACACUCGGAGGCUUCUAGCUCUAGAAGCCCAGACACCUCACCAGUCCCUCUUGUGCCACAGACGAGAGGUCUUCCCGAGCUCUGCCCCAACUCUCACAAAGGAGCAGUCCCUGUAGUCCCUGCCCGCCCCCCAGGAGAAGAGGAUGGCCUACGAAAAAUCAGUCAACAUCUCUGACAUCAACAGGGCGAUGUUCAACUGCCCAUGGCUGGAAUAUCCAGGAAGGACCAAAGAACUCAGAAGAGCUGCAGCUCCUGUCCUACUUCCCUGGUCCUGUCACCAGGCACCAAAGGAAGAGUUUCCCCCAAGUCCAGAGUGCUGGAGGGAGCACCCGAGCAAGCCGAAUGCCGUGCCUUACUGCUACUACAAGAAGCCCGAGCUGUACACGCACUGGUAUACCCUGUAUGAUCACCGAAAGGAACGGGAGGCCCAGAAGACGCUGCGGAAAAUGAGAGAUCACCCCAGGUACCUCAAGGAGGGUACCCUCAGCCAAAAGCUCCAUCUUCCCAUGAGCAAGCUGACUCGCAGGUCUCCGGUGGAGUCCAAGCCCUUAGACCCUGCUGGGGAGCCCCUGAAGUGGCAAAGGUUAAAGGAACUCACAGAAAGCCUGAAAUCUCCCAGGGAGGAUGAGCAGCUCUAUGCAGCACAGGCUCUGGGGUGCCUGGGGGUCAGAGACAAGCUUGUCAUGGACACACUGUGUCAGAUGGCCCAAGCUGGUCCGGAGAAAGUGCAAUAUGAGGCCUGUCGAACCCUGGCCAUCCUGGGAUGCCUGAAAAAGCGUGUGAUCCAAACUCUCAUCAAGAAGUUGAAGGGGCAAAAUGAGGGGCAGAGGAUGGAUACUCUGAUAGCACUUCGGACAGCUCUGAGUUCCUGGGCUGCUGUCCCCAGAGAUCAGAGGACUCAGGUGGAGGAUGAAGAGAAGCUGGUGCUGGCGCUGCUGAUGCUGAUAAAGAAGUCAGGGAACAAGGCGGCGGCGGAGGCGGCCCUGUGCUUGGGGUUCCUGAGGCCCCACAGCAAUGUGGCCCGAGAGUACUUGCUGCAAUGCCUGUGUCAAGGGCCGAAGACCCAGCAGAUGAAGGCACUCACCGUGCUGGUCAAGAUAAUGGGCGUGCGCUCAGCCACAGUUGUCAGGAGCAUCCUGGACCAGCUGUCCUGUUCCAGCGUCCUGGAGCACCGUUUUGAAGCUACGCAGAUGCUCAAGGCCAUAGGGCUGGAAUGGAUCCAGGCACAUGGUCUGGAAGAACUCACAUUUGACCUACUCAGGAGAAAGACAUAUAAUGAACCCUUCUUCGCUAUAAGGCAGGCUGUUGCUGAAACUGUGGAAGAGCUCAAGAUGAAACCGAUGAUGUUGAACUUGGUGGAGGCGCAGCUGAUGAGCUCAAAUACCAUAGCACGCCAAGAAGCAGUCAUCUCUCUGAGUGUCCUGGGGAUCCGCAGCCCACAGGUGUUCCACUUGGUCCUGGACAUGCUGGAUGUGGAGAAGAACACGUCUGUGAAGAAGAGUCUACAAGAAACAUUAAUUAUUUUGGCCUCCAUCGAUCCCUGGAUCCAAAACAAGCUAAAGAACAAGGUUCUCUUUGUAUGUGAGAUGCCAAAGACCAGCAUGAAGGUGGAGUUCACAAGGUUCCGGAAAGAGCCAGAGAACCCUGAAGAGUCAAAUAUCCAAGACUUUAAACUUAUAGAGCUGAACCCCUUGUUUCUUACAAAGUCCAGUGCCAUGUUAGACCAACAGAAAAAGCUAAACCCCCAGAAAGUGUCUGAUACCCCUGGCUUCCUACCCUCUUUCUCUAUAUCCCCCAAACACAAGUCACAGGGGUCCUGGACACAAGGGAUCAGAAAACAGCUCCAGAUCUUUGCUGAGACCCCCAACUAG